GGAUCACAUUUGUUACGUCUAAUGCUCUAGUCUCCAUGGUCUUAUGCGUGACAAACGAUUCUAACCUACCUCUAAAUCUUUCAACAGUUUUGAAUUGACCACUUGUUGUGACGUUAACUGGCGGAACUUUUGUAUUGGUUGGCUACGAAAAGCUGGGCUUAGCACACCUUGGAUUUCAGAUACCGAUCUUUAUGCACUAUUCAGAUCAGUGUCUAUGUACAACGUGUACGGAACUGCGAAUGAAUCGUGCCGGGUGCGACGCACGUGGUCUUGACUUCUAAUACUUUAGUAAUUAUUGCAAGUAAAACGUGAUCAACGCGAUGGACAAUUGCAAGGUUUGCCGUGGUACGGUAUUUUACAAAGAAGCGGGUUUUUAUUUCUGCAGUGAAUGCCAAACACAAAACGAGGAAAGAAGAGAAGCAAUCCUAGAGCAACGUUUCGAAGGAAUACGCGUAACGCAACGUAAAAUAGCCAAUGACAAUUCCGAGAAAACAGACCAAAGCGCUCAGUGGUCGACGUGGGAACUGUACAAUUUUGUGCUAAUUGGUUUAACGGACGAGUUGAUCGAGCUGGGUGCAUCCUCAGAUAUUAAACUUACAGUCCUCCAAUUGUGGGCAUUCUACUUGGGGAAAGUAGAAGUGGCUUUUACAUCUAAAAUUUGUCGAAAAGUGCCCAAACUUGCCCGAAGAUAUCACAAAAGGGAUGCUGAUAUUAUAUAUGGAAAGUUGAAGUCGCGCAAACGCAAGCGUAGCAGAGCAAGUAGCGCAUCUUCCAUCAUCUCAAGUCAACUGAGUGAAGGUAGUUCCAAUAGAGAGCUUUCCAAACACAAGAGGCUACUUUACAAGGCGGAAUAUGAAAGAUUAGUGUCUUCACAAACUGGCUCGGAAAGUGAUGCUCUCAGCCUUGUUAGCCAGAGUUUAGCCAGUAUCCGAUCAGGUGGUAGUCAGUCGUCCGUCUCUGUAGAGAAACUGAAGUACAGCAAGCAUGCAAAAAGCGAGGCUAAGAGGGUUAAGCAAUUGUCCAAGAAGCUUCCUAGAGCACAGAGAGUGAAGUAUCAGCAAACGCAUGUAACAACGAAGUAUCGGACUGGUCCGUACGUUAUAACGCCAAUGAAAAUUUGGGCCAUCCUAUAUUUGGCUCUGAGAAUUCACGAUCAGAGUAUACACUUAGCAGACAUGUUAAGGUACAGUAGAGAAGGCCACCUGUCUUAUUACAGACUUGACCAUUUGUUACCGGCAGAAAUUGCUUUAACCGAAAGCGAUGUAAAGUUUUUAACUCAGAGCAAUGAGAUAACGCAUAAAGGUAUGCGGAGAACUUGCGCAGAGAUGGCCAAGUUUUUAUUUGUCUCUGAAAUGAGUUGUCCCGACUUUCCACCGUUAAUUCAGCGUUACUGCACGGAUCUGAAUUUACCAAAGGGAAUUCUCAUUUACACUAAAAGGCUGGUCGCCCUUUCUGCUCCAACGAUGGUUUUUACCCAUUCUGAUUCUUUGAUUCCAAACUAUGAAGGACGGGCAAUGGCAUUUAUUAUAGUUGUGCUAAAGAUUCUUCUUGGAAUGGACGGAAUUACAGAGUAUGAGAUAAGCAGGAUAGCUGAAAAAAUCAACAGCUGGGGGACCACUGGCUGCGUAGCAUGGGACGGACAGUCGAUGGCAGCAGGCACAACAACGGGUGGAUUGAAUGGGAAAAUGGUUGGGAGGAUAGGUGAUUCGCCGUUUCUUGGCUGUGGAACAUUUGCGAACAAUUUAGCUGGCUGCUCAAUGACUGGUCAUGGAGAAACUAUCGCUAAGCUCGGACUGUCCAGGAAAAUCGUAGAGGAAGUAACGGCAGGUUCCUGUCCUGAGGAUACUUUGAAGCUCAAUAUCGAUGCAAUGUAUCACGAAACUAAUUGCUCAUCCGGCGGAAUUGUUCUAAAAAAAAAUGGUUGUUGGGGGGUGCAUUUCUCCACGCCGAGAAUGCCCUAUGCUGUAGCAAAAAAAAAUGUUGUUACAUUCGGGGCUAAACCAAGCGAACGAAAAACUGUAAAGUAUUUUGAUCCGGACAGCAGGUUGCCAUGUAGAUGCAAAUGAAGGAAAUAAAUCAUUUUAAAUCAUGUGAUUGUUUAUUGAAAGAUUUAGCAUCUGGUCAUGUUCUCGUGUAUUCUUGCUGAAACGCUU